AUGGGCAUACGGAGUGUGUCCAGCCACAAUCCGUUUGUGCUGGAUGCCCAGGAUGAGUCGAGCGACUUCGAGUUGGGACGGCUGCGAGGUCAUUUAGCUCGUGCAAACCCUCAGAGCAAAGACAUCGUCGAAGAGCUGUCCCGUGGCGAAUCUGGAACUGCUGUGAUAACCCUGCAGCGUAACGUACUCGUCGUCUUCACUUCACCGGUACAACACUACGUCACGCCGAGAUUCUACACGGAGAAGAAGCCCGUAAAUGGGAAGGUUGUUCCAACGUGGAAUUACUCUGCAGUCCAGGUGUACGGCAAAGCGACCGUGUAUAUCAAUUCCAAGUCUUAA